UCCUGAUGUUCCCCGUGUUGCCUCAAAGACUCGCACUGCGUCUCCCGUCGAGUCAGCCUGAGAAACAAUGCAGAUCUAUUUAGGACACACCUCACAUUGGCAGCAUUUCAUCGAACAUAAAUAGAGACCUCUUCCCUGCCAUUGAACAAGUAUUAGCAUCAUCACCGGGCAUUCCAAAAGCAAGACUCAAUUCCAAACAACUCCACACAAGCACCUAAGAUUCAUAAUCACCAUGAGGUCCCAAAUCCUGAUCGUUCUGAGCAUCCUCUUCUCUUUGGCACCUGCCACACCCACCACGCCCAACAACACACAGGGUAUUUCCGACAUCGUCUCCAACCUCCCCCAGGACAACGAUGGAGUCCUCUACCUCGGAGGCGACGGCGUUCUUCGAUCCGUCGACGCCAACGGCAGGGUCGUAACUUAUCAACAGUUGAACCCGCAGCAAAUCAGCGAGUACAACAGCAACUUCCCAGCGGCGGAACAAGAUCGUCUGUCCCAAGAAUUUCAGGGCGUUGACGGUCGCGACGUCACGAAUGUUGACCAGCUUCUCAACCCCAGCCGUGACUUGCUGCCGCCAUUGGCCACCACCACCGCGUCUCAGCAACAGCCAACAAGCACCAGUAUGCCGGGCGGAAACACCUGCGGAAAUGUUGGAUGCACUUCGCAGCGCGUCUGUCGCGAGAACGGAUGCAGCAGCUGUCUCCAGGUGGAGAGCAUGGCGACGGGCUAUUGCCACUAAGUAUUGAGGCGAUUAUGUGGGAUAGCAUUACCCCUGAAAUUGAGUUUGAUCCUGUUUUGCAGUCUUAUCUUUCUAUGUGCCGAGAAAGAGGACCUGUUGUGCUUAUUGCUCUACUUCUGGGUAUGAUCGGUGCCUGGAGAAUGGCAACAGGUCCUUUGUUUUUCUCUGUGUUUCCUUUCUCAUUGCUUGAAUUAAUCCAGAUUGUCAUUCCUUAGCUUAGCAAACAGGGGUAUAUCUACCUAAACCCGAGGUUGACCAGGAACAAGC